UGCAGCUGCUCCUGCACAUGCCCUGCAAACCCAAUUCCAAGCACGACCAACGUUUAUGGGUCUGAAGCCACAACAGGCACGACCACCUUAAUUCCCACACACACAACUGACUUGGACAACUCAACUAUCGGAAACACAACUGACUUCGAACAGUCAACUCCUAGAAGCAUAACUGACUUAGGAGGCUUCAAUAUUGAAACCCCAACAGACGUGGACGGCUUAAUUUCCAAACACACUACAGACGUUUCUAACAAGACUGAGAAUGUGACUAAUGUCACUCCAUCCCAGAAUUCCACCAUGGAAACCAUGGCUACUUCUGAUCAUCAUACCAGUACAACGUAUUCGCCGUGGACAACCACGACACCAAAUCCAAUAGGGGCAACAUGUGCGCGAUCCCCCAUGCUGCCGCCAGUGGAACCAGAGACAAAUGAAAAUUACAUUGAGAACCCCUGCGUGGCCAUGCUCAGCUUUGGAGCGUGGGUUGAAAAGAGCUGUUUGGAGGAGCUUCCUUUUAUUUGUUAUGAAGAUCGUUUCUAUGGCGAAAUCAAGGUGACUAACGUAACGGUCAACAACGCCACCCUGACCUGGACGGAGGCGCCUGGCGACAUCGACCAUUACCGCGUUGAGGUCGAAGGAGACGUGCAGACGGUGGAGAAUCAGAGGAACUUGACCACUGAUCUCGGUAGCCUGACCGCAGGCACUCGCUACACCGUCCAGGUGUCCCCUGUGAAGUGCGGUAGAGACCUGAACCCCCAGACUGAAACUUUCUACACCGUACCUCACAAAGUCAAAGAUCUCAAAGUCAUCGAUGUGGCUGAAAGGUCUGUCAAUCUGAGCUGGAACAAACCAGAUGGGAAUGCGGAUCUCUACAGUUUGAGGACUCUCGAGAGUCCAGAGAGAGACAUAAAAACAAAUGUGACUGAAGAAGAGGUCGAUGGUUUGUUACCCGGGAGCUUCUACACAGUCAUCGUCCGCUCUGGAGUCGAGGACGAGUCGAGGUGGAGUGAAGAAUCAAACAUCACGGUUUGUACCAAGCCUGGAAAAGUGUCCAACCUGCAAGCAUCCAAUAAUACCAACAACUCACUGCUUCUCAGCUGGGAAGCACCUGAGGGAAACUUCACAGGCUUCAAAGUGAAUGCUACGUGCAGCUCUAAUGAAUCGUGGUACAGUAAAGAGGUGAGUAGAGAUGAGCGAACAGUGAAUGUAACAGACCUGCCGAAUGGCAGCGAAAUCCGUCUUUUUGUGACAACGGUGGCCAAUUCCACCUUGGAUGGAGACAGUGUAAACAUCACCAGCUACACUGCUCCUGGACCAAUUUCAAACCUGGUGUUGACAAUGGGGUAUUCCUCUCUCAAUGCCACAUGGGAUCGCCCUAUUGGUAGUUUUUCAAUAUUCACCGUUGAGGUUUGGCAGGAAGAAAAGCUUGUGGCAAAUGAUACAACAACAGAAACUUACUGGGAGUCUUUAGAUAAUCUGAAGAGUUCAGCCAGUCUCAAAGUGGUGGUCUAUGCUGUUACUGGACAUCUCAAAGGCCCGGCAGUGUGCCGUUCCAACUCUACCUUGCCAAGACGUCCUACUAGUGCCACAUGCACUUCGGUCAGUACAAGCUCCCUUGCCUGUGAGUGGAAGGCCCCUGAAAACUCAGGAACAACCAAGUACAAAGUACAACUGAAGUCUAACUUCUGGAAUCACCACUGGAACGGUAUCACGAAAGAAACCAGCUACACGUUUAAUCAUUUGAAAUCAGGAACCAUUUACAGCUUUUGGGUGUACACACUCAGUGGAAAUGAGACAAGUACACCGGCAUCAUGUAAUCAGUCUACAGUUGCAGACUGGAGGGAGGUGACUCUGUCGAUGCUGUGCUCUGCUGAAGAAUCUCUACUCUGUGACAGUCCAAACACGACAACCAAAAUAAACGAGCAGUUGGACACAUAUCUGAAAACUCAGCUGGGAACCCAGGUUAAUUGGACUCUCCAAGACUUAAAAGAAGAAAUAUAAGACGCAGAUAUCUUUUUGAUUUGCUUUGAUUUGGAGCUUUAUUUGACUUAGCCGCCUUCUGUUUUAGAACAUGUGAAAACUUUGAUUUUGAAUGGUUUAUGCCGAAGCAAGGACCUCAGAGUGUGUCACUGAUUUGUUAAAGAUGGGGUAGGUGUUCCCUAUGGACACAUUUUAAAAGUACACAGUCAAACCUACCUUUGUGCUCAGGAGUUUUAUAAUCUAAAAUGUGGGGAACGAAUGAUAUUACUUGUCUCCUUUGCUUGCAGCGUUACUGUUGUUUUCUUGUGUUGACGUUUUCUAUAGACAUGCUCUCAUUUCUGAAUAAAAUCAAAAGUUGUAACUUUAUGUGCUGCAAAAAUGAAAAUAAAAUCUUUUUCUUCA